GAGGCGGGAUUCGAUAGUGCCGAUAAAUGUGAAAUGGCUGUAAAACAAACAGAUUAGGUCACCAAAGACAAGUCGAAGUGAAAAACUGCGGUUUGGUGAAUUCUAAGCAUGACUCCAAAUGUGGUAUAUGUGUUGCAAGCGUGUAAUGAAAUAGAUGAUGUGUGAAUGACAAAUAACACACAGGCUCUGUUUUUUAGGUUUCUGUGUUCGCAGGAUUGGAUGUGUGUUCAUAGGUGUUAAACAACAUCUCCGGCUGCUAAACUAUUUAAGUGCGCAGGAGGAGAGGCCAUUUGAUCUGCGAGACUGCGGGAACUUUUUCUUUGUUUAAAAAAAUUGCGUUUACGUCCCUACCGCCACUUUUGUUAUUUAGUUCUGUGCGAACAUGCGGCUGUUUAUCGUGAGCGUCGUCGCUGUGCUGCUGGCGCUGAGCUGCCGCUUCGGCAUGUCUGAAGUUGUGAGCAAAUUCGAUACAUGCAGAAAGUUUUUCUUUGAAGGACAACCUCCGGUGAUUCCUGACAUCCUGAAUCCAAACUCUGAGCAUGUUCGUUACAAAAAAAUCUGUCAAACAUAUAGUUCCCAAAAGAAUGAUAAAAUAUAUACAUUUGCAACUCUCUACGACACAGAAAGCAGGAUUCCUGUUUUCUCAGCUUAUAAAUACACUGGAAAAGGAAAUUUCACAAGACCAGAGAUACCAUGGAUGAUCGAGCCACAGCUUGAUCCUCCUGAUGGUAACAUGAUUGUUCCAUAUAGAAAUCAGGCCAUCGAUGAAGACUACUUUAAAAACAACUAUCAAGUGAACCGCGGUCACUUAUUUCCCAGCGGUCACGCAGCUGAUGAAUUCACAGCCGAAUCUACAUUCACACUCACUAACAUUGUGCCACAAAAUAUCAGCUUCAAUGCUGGCAGUUGGAAUCGCAUUGAAAACAAAACCAGAGAUAGCAUGAAUACAGAUUGCUCUGACGAUAAUGGUAACAUUUCAGCCUUUGUGCUGACUGGAGCUAUACCUGGCAAAAACAGACUAAACAAUAGAGUGAACAUUCCCUCUUACAUGUGGACGACAUUUUGCUGCCGCUAUAACAGCAGAAAAAUAACGUGGGUCUCUCAGGCUUACUGGGGCAUAAAUAAAGAAGAAAAUGAAGAUGAACCAAUCAGACAAAAGAGCCUGCAGGAAUUACAGAAAUUUCUGAGUGAAAAGUACAAAUACAAUGUGCAGCUGUUUAAGAACAACUGUAAAAAACAAAAAUAGUCUCAUUAGAUGGUUUAAAAAUCCUUGAAUUAUAAUUUUUGUGAUGUUUGAUUAAAGGGCUGUCAAAAUCCUUGUUUAGCUUUUGCAGAAUCAUAACUAUCCUAACUAUCUUGGUUUUAAAUGCUGUCAUUUUAGCAUUUUCAUUUUUACACAAACAGUACUUUGAUAAACAUGUCUAAAGCCCAGACCCUGUUAUGAAUGGACUGUCUGUAAAUGAUUGUCUUUCUUUCUAAUAAAGCUUGUGCAAAUGUUGUCAUAUCAGAAUCA